ACUGUGAUACUGGGCGGUACUGUGAGUCUCCGCUCCCGAUCACACUGGGCGGUGUUGUUUUGAGGUGAGAGCACCGGAGCGAGGAGAAACCCGGCUGAUAUUAGGCACAACUUUCUGUCGAAUGCAGAAUUUACGCCAUCACCAAACACACGGGCAGAGAUGGAAGAGUUCCUGCAGUAUACCAAGUCCAUUCUGAUGAGUGGGAAUGAUUUGCCCAGAGUUCAUGUUGUGCUCGGUGACAACAAAUGUGACCUGGAUUCUGCUGUUUCAACUUUAGCCUAUGCUUACUUCCUUUACAAGACCCAAUCAACUGAUGAUCUUUAUGUGCCUGUUCUGAAUAUACAACGUUCGGAAUUUCCUCUUCGCACUGAAGUUGUGCUGGUUUUGCAACAAUUGAAUAUCCCAGAUGAUUCUUUAAUAUUCAGAGAUGAAAUUGAUCUCCAUUUCUUAAACAGAGAGGGGAAGCUGACUUUAACACUAGUUGAUCAUAAUAUGCUGACAAGUGAUGAUAAAGCACUUGAAACAGCUAUUAUCAAAAUAAUCGAUCACCAUGACUAUCGUGAACAAGAACGAUUCCACUCUACUCAGUGUGAAAUUGUCCUGGAGCCAGUUGGAUCCUGCAGCACCCUAAUAGUUUCAGAAAUUCUUCAAGAAGCUCCAGAUUUGCUGAACGAACAAUUAACGCAUCUUUUCAGAGGUGCAAUAAUCUUAGACUGCAUGAACAUGACCUCUGAAGCUGGAAAAGUAACUUUGAAGGAUGAAGAAAUGCUAGCUGCUCUAGAACAGAAGUUUCCGGAUCUUCCUGCGCAACAAGAGAUUUUUGACACAUUGCAGCAAGCAAAAUUUGAUGUUUCCGGUUUUAACACUGAACAGGUUUUGCUGAGAGAUCUUAAGGAGCUGUCAGAAGGAGAUACAAAACUUGCAAUUAGUACUGUGUGUAUGACCCUGGAGGCCUUUCUAUCUCGUCCAAAUGUUGUCGACAAUUUAAAAGUAUUUACUGGAAGGCAUGGUUAUGACAUUCUUGUCUUGAUGACAUCCUUCCUAAAUGAAGGUGGUGAAGCAGUUCGACAAGUCGCCAUCUACACCGACAAUUAUGAGCUAUGCAACAGAAUAUGCAAUACAUUAGAGGAGUGUCAGAGUCCAUGUCUACAGCUAUUGCCCAUAGAAUAUGGGUUGCAGGAAAUCAGAGCCUACCAGCAAGGGAGCUCUUCAGUUUCAUGCAAGCAAAUGCUCCCACUAAUCAAAGACUGUAUCUAUAGGCGACAACAAGAAAUGAUAAUGAACAGGAGAACUUCUUCCACUGAAGCUGUCAAUGGCAGUGCUCCAGUUUCAGAAGGAUCGUCUGGUGCUCUAGACUUAUCUGGUCCUGAUGUAGAUUCCCAGAAUACUGAAUACAUCGGUGAUAAUUCAUUGGAAAAUUCUCAGAAUUUGAACUCUUCAUUGCAGGCCCAUGGCGAUGGCAAUUUCGACCUAAUGAGUCCAGACAGCGGAUUGGCCACUAUCCGAAGUAAUCGGUCAUCUAAAGAAAGCUCUGUUUUUCUCAGCGAUGAAAGCCCAAUACGAGAAGCAGUUGUGCCACCCUCUAGCAUUGUACAUGGAUAUGAUAUGUUUGGUUCGCUGCCUGAAGAUGAAUUAGCAGAGGAAAAGAUAGCAUCGGUUGCCAGCAUGAAUGAUAAUUUUGAUUUGUCUGUCCUUGAUCCAUCACAUUGCACUGACACACAUGCUGGUGUUACAGCAAAUAAUGAAGGGUUUUUGUCGAAGUUAGAUUCUGCCCCUCAAAAAAAAAUUGUGGAAGACGUUCCGCUAAAUUGUAAUUGGUCUAAGCCUUCUACAGAGAUAUCAGAAGAAACCAGUCCAGAAGCUGACCUGGUAAAAGCAGAGGAUGUUCAUGUUUACAAACAAGGAAGUGCCAGUGAUAAGUCAGGAGAAGAUCAAAUGCUGCGACAAGUUGUUAGAUCCGAUGUGGCUAAUAUUUCUUUACUUCCUCAAAACCUUUCUGAUGAUAUAAUUGGAUCACAAAUUGAACAUAAGAAUGUCCCCCCAACACCCAUGAACAGUCUUGUAGAUGGCUCACCCCUGGUUGAAGGGCCUCAUAAUAUUUUUGCAGAAGACGUCAUCGAGAAAAUGAACGAAAUUGUUAUUCUUGACGCUGAUCAGUCAGAUUCUAUGCAUACAGGAGAACAGAAAGAAUUUGAAAUUAGUGCGAAACAGAAUGUGCCAAGCUCUAAAGACAUCUGGAAUGAAAACCAAAAUGAACUAAAUGUACUUGAGCAAUCUCCUGAUUUUUGGACAGACUUUGAUCAGGAAUUCAGUCAAUCUAAUGUUACCCAUUGUGAUAUCUGGAGUGAAAUUGGUAGACAGUCUAAGCAAUCAGUUAUGAAAAAUGUUGAUGAUCAGUGGAAUAUAACUGAACAAAGCAUUUUCCAAUCAACAUCUGCUGAAGCUGACACAUGUGAUGAAUUAGACAAAAGUCAAUUGAGCUCGAACACUUCUAACAACUGGAGCAAAUCCGUGACAGUUGCAAAUUUGUCAGGUAUUGAUAAUUUUGAUCCUUGUUACAAAUUUGGAACCAAAAAUUUAAUCGUACCCAAUUCGCUAAACGCAACGACAUUACUAGUUCAACAGGACAAACAGCAAGUUAUAGACAGUUCACAUAUAGGUUCUGAACAGAAGCAGUAUACAGCAGCAAUAGAAAAUACAUGCAUUUGGAGUGAACCAGUGCAUGAAGUUAUACGGCCUCAUGGAAAACUUCCAGACAUUUCAAAGGAUUUCAAGCAGAAAACCCAACAAUUAAACACUGAAAACCGAGAGACCUGCACAGAGUCUAUAGAAGAUGCUCAACUCUUUGCAUCACAAAUGCCCACAACGUUAAGCGAUUCUGAACUGGAGAUUAAUUUGCCAGUUGCUGUAAAUACAAUUAUAGGGAAUGAAUCUACGAAUAAAACCCAGUUGACUGGUGAAAUUUUCGAUACAUUUGACCUCAAUGUCAGCAAUUUAACUUCUGAAAGUGAAAAAUUAAGGAUGGUAAAGCAUGUCUCUCCGACUACAUGUAAGCAUGAUCUAGAGUUUAGUCCUGAAAAGGAGAAAAGGCAGUUAACCAUUGAAAAUACAGAUUUUUGGGAUGAACAUUUCCAGGAAAGUAACGCUGAAAUAUGGAAUAUUGCUCUACAUGAUCCCGAAAGGCCACUGUUGAGUAAUUCUAAUCUAUUGAGUAAGCAAAUAAACAGCAUUAAUCAGGCAAGUCAGGAAGGGAAUGAAACAGAGCAGGCUAUUACUCAGCCAAUAUUUGAAACUACCACUCCAAGCACUGAAUGUGUGCAGGAAGGACAGCAAGCUACAAUUAGUUGCAAUCAGGCAGGAUUUGAAAUGGUAGAGUCAUUGAACCCAGGAGAAUGCAAACAAACAUCUCCAAAUACUUCCGUUAUAUGGAAUGAAUUUGAACAUUGCAGCAAUUCACCUUUUGAAAGUCUAGAGGGAAGUGACAAAUAUAUUGAGACGAUCAGUCAGCAAAGUGCAGAAACUUUAGAUAAAAUGGUAAAUUCAGAUCUGAACAAUAGAUAUUCUUCAACUGAAAAUCCAUACACAGAAGACGGAUAUAUGCAAGAGAGCAGCCAACUUUCGACAGGGAUACAUCAUCCAUAUAGUGUUUUUGAAGAGGAUACUAAUGAAUCCACAUUCAUAAGUCAAGAACUCCAGUUCAAGCAAGUGCAGGAAUUCAGUCAGCCCACUGCAAGGCAGCCUCAUGUAGGCCAUGAUUCUGAAAUUGAAGGGAGAUUACCGGACUAUAAAUUUUGCAAAUCCUCUGAUUUUGAAAUGGUAGAAAUGGAUAACCAGCAAACCUCUUCAGCUCCUCAGACAUGGAAUCAGUUACAACAGGAAGAUUCUGAGCUGAAUGAAAAAAUUUCAAAUCCACAGAGCAAAUGUGAAGAAUUUUCUUAUUCUGAAAGUUGGGACAUAUCUAGACAGAAAACAGAACAGCCAGUGCUCAACAUUGUUGAUAUGCAUUGUAAAGAACAGGGUAGCCAAUUGUUAGCCUCUGAAAUACCACAAGAUUAUCUAGCAGGCACCGAUACCUGCAGAAGGGCAAUGGAAGAAGAUAAACUACAAGCUGUAAAGAAUGCUGAUAAUUUUCACGAGUCUGACUUUGAGUUUAUCCAGGCAACAACCGAUUUCCCUCUUUCAAAAAGGUUUGAACAAGAGCAAUCAAAUGCACCUGAUUCUAACCGAUCUGUAGAAGAUGAGUAUAACCGUUCUUGCACUGAAAUUCCCGACACUUGGAUAGACUCAAAAUAUGAAUUUCCCAAGUUGCUUCCCACUAGUAAUGAUGCACGUACUGAAUUUGAGCAGGAGUUAGUCGAACAGAAUGAAAAUGCUCCUGAUAUUGUCAAUGACUAUCACCAAGAUGCGCAUCAGAUUUCCUCAGCGAAUCCUGAUUUGUGGGCUAAAUCUGAUCAUUUGUUUUUUGAUUCAACUACUGUAAAUCCUGAUAUUUUGAAUGAUCAUGAAUUAGAUUCCAGCCAUUCAACUCCAAACAGCCCGGACAAAUGGAAUGAAUUGGUUGAGGCAGAAAAGCAAGAAUUGGGAAAUCCAGGUAUGUGGAUGGUGUCAGAAGGAAAACCUGCUGAACUGAAGACUGAACUUCCUGAUAUAAUGGAUGUAACUGGACAACAGUCAUGCCUAUCAAUAUCAGACAAUGUUGCUUCAUGUGAGUUGGCUGAACCUCCUCUCAAUGAUCAAUAUCAGUAUGUACAUAAUGAAUUAGUGCAACAAGCAAGUCACUCACCCUUAGUUGCUGUGGACUCACAGUCAUGUAAAGUACAAUUAAACAACCAGAAGGAAACAAAACAUGCUGAUGGUUGCAUUGAAUCAGGAGAAGAUUUUGUUACAGAAAAACAAACAUUUGAUAAAAAUAAAGAUCUGACAGAAUUAAAUCAAACUAAGUUUGAUUCUGUACAAGAAGAUGAGCAACAAUUUUUUGUUCGUCCUGAUGCUUGGAUUCAGUUCGAAGAAGAUGCUGCUGAAGCAGUCAGAAAAGAUCCAGAUUCACAAGGUAAAUAUCAAGAGAGAAUACGUUAUUAUGAUUUAGAAAAUCAUAAAUUUACACAGGACAGAUACGUUGUAGCUCAUGAAGAAAAUUUACAGCUUCCAGUGGAAGAAAUUCCUGUUUCUGGGGAUAGUGCGUUACUUUGUGAAAAUGGCAUUUCAUGGGGAGAAACUAAGCAGUUUGAAAUCUCAGGUGCUGAAAACAAUGUUUCGUGUAUAAAGAAAACACAUGAUACACCACCUGUACCUCUACAGGAUGAAAGCUUAGAUUCAUUCCAGCAAACUAAAGAGCAACAGAGCAGUAUUUCAAAAGACAAUCAUUCUAAUCUUUACCAAGUCAAUAAUUCAUAUAGUAAAAAUGAUGGGAUAAGCGAAAAUGAACACCUUUUUUCAAAAUCCAGAUGUGCAGAUGACUAUUUUACUUCUGCUACUUCGAGCUAUAGUCUAGACACAGAUAUAUAUGAUCCAGAAAUGAUGGAAUACUUCUCUGUAUCAGAAGAAAAUAUUUUGAAUAUGGAACCACUGAGAGAUUUUUCUCAGAUAGUAACAGACGCUACUCAUUUGAACAAUGCGAUUUCAUCUCCAAGUAUCAGUGCUUCCAAAAUCAUGAAGGAUGAGUUGGUUACAAGACAGAAAACACCCAAAAUUAGUGAUGAGGGAUCUCAGCCAACUCAUCCUGAAGUUCAAAGUUUAAAUAGAGACACUGAAUCAGACAUAUUUGAAGAUGCAUUUGUCCAUGGUGCUUGUGAAUCUGUAAGGCAACCAGAUUCACUGAAAAUUUCAACAAAGGUUACAGAAGACCGAAAUAUGUUUCCACCAGCAGAUGGUACUGUAGCACAGCCUAACACUGAUAUGUCAAACCAAAGUAAUAUGGAAACAGAGCAAGUGGUGCAAAACGUUCUAGAAAGUGCAUGGCUUUCAUUUGGAAAUGCAAAUAGCAGCAGUAACAGCAACGAGACUUCCUGCAGCUUGUCAUCUAGUAUCCAUAAAUCAGACUUUUGGGAAGACCUUAGUCCCCAGGAUUGUAAUAUAGUCCCUGAAGGAUUUUCACAUGUGUCUGUUUCUGAGAGCGCUAUUGCAACAGUGAGGCAUAAAGAGAUGGCAGGAAGUGAAGUAAGACUGGAAACUGCAGAGAAAUUGUCAGACCCUUGUAGCAAAAGAAGUGUUCCCCUUUUGGAACAAAGGUUUGAUAACCAGUACAGUUCCUUGGUUUCUUCACUCAAUUCUCCAGUUUCCUGUAUUGAGAUUGGUAACGAAGUUGACAAUGUGGGUAAUUGCCAAACCCAGGUGAACUCAAGUGAACUUUGUACCAAUGAUUUUAGCGUGACAUCUGAUAAAGACCAUGACACAGGAGAAAUGGAUUAUAUUAUUGUAGCUGGAAGCAAAAGACCUCGUGAAGAAGUGCCAAGUAGCCAGCAAACUAAAAGUCUGGCCAUAGAUCUGAAUACAGAUGUUAUAAAAAAAGAUUUUGAAGAAGAUGAUUCUUCAACACUUCCUUCAGCUGCAAUUCAACCAAGAAUCAGUGGAAAUGAAACAAGUAACUUUGAGAGAUUUUCUGGUAUCUUACCUUCAGCAAAUAAUGCCCCUGAUGCCCAGUUUAUAGGGAACAAUGAUCAAAAUCAAGGUGGGGCACACUUGGAUGAGACACCAACUAAAGAUCAACAGAGUGGAAGAAUAAUAGAUUUAAACGAACUGUCAGACACCUCACCUGAGGAAUAUCCUAGUAGGACAGAAAUGAGUGAAUCUGGUUCAGAGCAUUCAAUUAAAGAGCUGAAGACAACGAAUCUCGUUUCUAAUGAAACCAGUGCAGAUAACACUGAAGGAUCUGAGACUGACUAUGAUGCCAUGCAUCAUAGGUCUUCAGAAAUAGAUGUUAUAGCGUAUGCGAAAAGAACUUUAUCUACAGACGAGCUAAGCGACAGUGAAACUGAGAGCACUGCAUCCCAGUUCUCUGUGAGGGAGGCCAACAUUUCACAUGAAGAUUUGAGUGAAAGUGAAAAGGUGGCAGAACAGAAUUAUCCCAAACCAUCUGCUACUGAACAUUCUGCUUUACCAGAAAAAGAAUUAAGGAGGGAAAAGAUCAUUUUAACUGAGAAGGGAGAUACGACUGAAGUGAGUUCCUUAAACUCCAUACAGGAGUAUGCACCUCAAAACUGCAAGGCAAUGGCGCAAGAUUCUCUCCAGGAUCCCGUCAUGGAAGUAAAGGGAACCGCGCUGUAUGAAGAGUAUGCGAGAUCAGUGUCGGAGGAUGUGGGAAUGGACAUUCCCUUUGAGGGUGUGCUAAGUCCCUUAGCUGAAGACAGCAGACCUGCACCACCGAAUUCCCUUGACCUGAAUGGAAUCCACCAAGGGAAGAAAAAGCUUACAGCUCCUGAUAUCAGCCUUUCACUUGACCAGAGUGAAGGGUCAGUCCUGUCUGAUAACCUUGAUACCCCAGAUGAUCUUGACAUCAAUGUUGAUGACCUUGAGACUCCAGAUGAGGCGGAUUCUCUUGAAUACACAGGGCAUGGUAACGAACUGGAAUGGGAAGAUGAAACACCCAGUGCCACUCCUGCUGGAAAAGAGGUGGUAGAACCUAUACCAGAAUAUACUGCCGAAGAAGAACGCACAGAUAAUCGGUUAUGGAGAACUGUUGUUAUUGGGGAACAGGAACAUAGGAUUGACAUGAAGGCUAUUGAACCUUACAGAAGAGUUGUCUCUCAUGGGGGUUACUACAGUGAAGGACUCAAUGCCAUCAUUGUGUUUGCAGCAUGUUUCCUGCCAGAGAGCAGUCGACCUGAUUAUAAUCAUAUUAUGGAAAAUCUCUUUUUGUAUGUGAUCAGUACCUUAGAACUCUUGGUAGCUGAGGACUACAUGAUUAUUUAUCUCAAUGGAGCGACUCCACGACGAAAGAUGCCAGGUUUUAGCUGGAUGAAAAGGUGCUAUCAGAUGAUUGACAGAAGGUUGAGGAAGAAUCUGAAAUCAUUUAUAAUUGUGCAUCCAUCAUGGUUUAUCAGGACGAUUCUUGCAGUCACUCGGCCAUUCAUUAGUUCGAAGUUCAGCAGUAAGGUGAGGUAUGUCAGUAGCCUGGCUGAGCUGGAGGAACUCAUCCCCAUGCAGCAUGUUCAGAUUCCGGAGACUAUCAGAAAGUAUGAAGAAGAAAAGUGUAUAAAAAGAAGGAUGAGGUUGGAUGAGGAACUAAAAGAAGCAUCAGAAGCAGCAAAAGCUAGCAGACUGUCAAGUGAAUCCAAAACACCUACAGGGGAACAGCAAGUUGAAACAGCACUCAACAAACCUGUGGAAUAACAGUGAGCAAGGACUUCAACUACCACUUAGUUUUAGUUUCUGACUAACAACUGAACGAGUCAUCUUCCUUCAUUAAUUAUUGACUUAACUGUUUACAUGUUGGUUGUUCAUGUUCAUUUUAUGAAGUGUUAUUCUGUGAGUCAUGCAUUGGGACAGUUGUGCCUGUGAAUAGAAUGUCAAAUGAUAUUGUAAUAAAUGGCAAUAAUAUACAUCUAGUUCAAGACUUUAAUUUCAAAAUAAUUAUCAAUCAGAAACACUGCAUCAGCAUUGCCAUAUUUAAAGGAAAUCUCCAAAUGUCAAAUUGCCCCUUUUCUUCCUGCUUUAUCCCUGUGAGCAGUAAAAUGAUCAUGACUUUUUGAAAUGAGACUUUUGCAUCCACCCGUGACUGGAGAAAGCAUAUACUUGUGAGGUUUAUUUGGAAAAUCUUUUCCUGCUUUACAAAGGAAUGAAAGAAAAAUAGGUCUUUAAUUAAAAUUUCAAAAUGCUCAUAUUGAAUUCUUGAAAGGCAACUUUAGUUUGACCUAUUCUGACAUAGCUUAAACCAUGUAAUGACCACUUUGAAUGUUUUUACUUUCACAUUUCACGAGUGCAUGUGAUUUAUUUUCAAUUGAUUCUGUUCUGGAAGGAAGGAAAUUUUCUGUCAAGAAGCAUUUAUAAACUUUUUAAGAUUUCUUUCAACACUGCUGUCUGUUUCAUUUAAGAGGUUGGAAUUUCCUGUCUUAUCCAUACCAUGUCCUGAUCACUUGAAGGAGGUUCAGAUCUGGCCAAAGGUUCUCUGUAUUUGUGCAGUGAGAGAUGGUGAAGUGGUACUUUAAUCAGAGAUAGCAUUUUAAAGAAAACUCCCUUGCUUAAUUCCCUCACAAAGCCAGUAGUUCCAGGCAAAAUAUAUUCUCUCUGAACUAGCCAUUUUUUUUCAAACACAGUCAUGCACUCUAACACCGGUAAUCCCUUCCAAAUGUUGUGUAGUUGCCAAAAGAUGUCUAUUACUGUACUGGGACUAAAUGCCCAGUUUUAAACAAUUGCAAUGAAAAACAACUUUGGGCACAAACAAUGUGUUUUCAUUCUUCGUUUUUUCUAUUUUAUCCUUCGUUUUUUCUAUUUCAUCCUUUGCUUUUCUAUUCAAAAGCAUUCGUAAAUUUAAAAAAAAAUCAUGUUUCCCACCAAGACACACAACAAUCAUCAUCACUAGAUCAAAAUCCUGGACACCCUAUUUAACAGCACUGUGCUGUGGGAAUUUUUCUGACAAACUGCAGCAGUUCAACAAGAAAGUCUGCUAUAUUGUCAAUGGCAUGUUGGAAUGCACAAUAAAUGCACCAGCCCUGCUAGUGAUACUGACAUUCCCAAGAAUGACUCUGAGAGCAAUGACAAUGAAAAUAGAAGUUGCUGGAAAAGCUCAGCAGGUCUGGCAGCCAUAAUCAAUGUAAAGUAAUCAUAUGUCAAUUAUGAAAAUUGUUGCAUCCAAGUUUAACAUAUGAUUAUUUUCUUAAUGAAUAUGCAUAUAAUUUCUAAAAUUUCUGUAAUUCUGUUCUGCACUAUUCAAGAUUUAUACCAACCUACUUUAAUUAAAGAACAUCAGGAAGGAUGACAAGGCUUUAAGCCCCACCUAAAAUUGUUUUCAUGGGGGAAAUCCCUGGUUCAUUCCAAGACCAAAUCACUUGACCAUUGAGACCAUGAAGAAAAAAAUGAGUUAAUGUUUCGGGUCCGGUGAUCUUUCCUCAGUUCUGAGGAAAGGUCACCAGACCCGAAACAUUAACUCUGUUUUUUUUUCUUCGCAGGUGCUGCCAGACCUGUUGAGCUUUUCCAGAAGCUUCUGUUUUUGUUCCUGAUUUACAGCAUCUGCAGUUCUUCCAGUUUUUAAAAAAGCAAUGAAGUUGUCCAGUUUGUUCAGCUUUACCAUCUUGCCGUUCAUUGUGAAUUUGGAUCUUUGGUAUGCACCAACUUCAUAGCAAGGUGUACAGUAACAUUACUCUUGUGUAGAUUGAGUUUGUCAGAAAAUAUUUUCACUGUGAAAGUUCCAAUUCAGAAACCUUAAUUAAUGUCAUAUUUGUUGUUAGAAUCCUCGGUACAACUUUAUUUCCCUUUCUACUACAUACCACUGAGUUUGAUAAUUCACUGGCAAAGGGAUUUAUUCCAAAUUGCUUCUUAAAAUGAUGAUUCAUUUUGAUUACCUAGUUUGUUCUAUUUUUGCCUUUUUUUAAAAAAAAUGUGUAGUGUAAGAAUUUUACAAAAUAUGUACUUUUUUUGUUGUAUAACUCACUUAGUUCCAAAUCGGUUUAUUUUGAAUUUUUACACUUGCUUUUAAUGUGUUAACUCUGCAAUAUAGAAUGGAGAUUUCCUUUAACAAGAAAGCCAUCCACAUUGAUGGUUGCCAAGAAAUCAGUGACUUCUAAAGUUAUAUUUUUGAGAAUGUGUGUCUUUUUUCCUAAACUCUUACCUUAAUAAUGAGAAAAGUUUCAAUGCAAUAACCUGUAACUUUAAUUGUUAAUUUUUUGUGAGCUUCUGUUUUGUGAUUUUUAAAGAAUUAUGUGAUGUAUUAACUAUUUCUAACUUUAAUGAGUCCUUUGGCCUUGAGUGUUCUUUAGCUUUCUAAAAUAUUGUGAUAGAUUUCCAGGGUGAGUGAGCCAUAAUCAAUGUAAAGUAAUAAUAUGUCAAUUAUGAAAAUUGUUGCAUCCAAGUUUAACAUAUGAUUAUUUUCUUAAUGAAUAUGCAUAUAAUUUCUAAAAUUUCUGUAAUUCUGUUCUGCACUAUUCAAGAUUUAUACCAACCUACUUUAAUUAAAGAACAUCAGGAAGGAUGACAAGGCUUUAAGCCCCACCUAAAAUUGUUUUCGUGGGGGAAAUCCCUGGUUCAUUCCAAGACCAAAUCACUUGACCAUUGAGUGCAUUGCCUCUUCUAUCAUUUGCCGUGGUUCCUCUUCCUGACUGACCCCUUCUAGUUGCUUAUCAGCACAAACCCUCAACAGUCAUUACUCAGUGAUUUAUUUGUAUCAUUUAGCAGAUUAUGGGGAGUUUACAAAACUUUUCCCCAGUCAUGAAUCUGCUUCCUUGGGGUGACAGAACUCCAUUCCAAUAAAUUAAUAUUGGUGAUUCACAAAAUUUGUUACUGAUAUGUGUUGAAAUAUUGAGCAAAUUCUGAAAAAUGUAAAAGAGCUGUCUUCACUAGUAAGUUCUAGAUAAUCUCACAUUUUGCACUCCCUAAAUUCAUGGUCAGUACAUUAUGGUAAGCAGAAACCCCUUAAUUUUUUUAUUGUAUCAAGUCAAUGACAUUCUCUCAUGUAAACAGUGUUAGAAAAUAUUAAGUAAUUAACAUGUGCAAGUCAGAAAUUGCCCAUUACAUUUUCAGUUGUUUUUUCCUAUUAUACUUUAUGUAAACCAUUUACUCUGUCAUGUGGCAUAGCUAAGUGAGCCAUUGAAUGGCUGGACUCACUUUUUAAUAGGAUUUAAAGAUAAACUACCUAAAGUGACUGCAAGGAAGAUUUUUUUCUUUAUUCAUUAACAGGAUGAUGGCAUCACUGGCUUGGCAGUAUUUAUUGCCUGUCCCUAAUUGCCCAGAGGGCAGUUAAGAAUCAACCACAUUGUAGUUACACGGAGAUACAUGUAAGCCAGCCCAACUAAGGAUGGCAGUUUCCUUCCCUAAAGGACAUAAGAUGAAGGUGUUUGUAAAAGGGCAUGUUUUUCUCCAUGUCAAGCAACGUAACAGUCUACUCUUUUCUGUGCCAUAUUGGCUGCACGGAAUUUCACGUGGCUAAAAUUUCAGAUCACAGUUAAAUUGAGCGAUGCUAUUUCAAUGUGGAGUUGGACACGGAUACUUUUGAAUCUAAGUUAAAUACAGUGUAUAUAUGGGAAUUUAAGAUGUCAAACAGCUAACAAACAUGUGCAUGCUAGGGCAGAGGCUACAGCAUCACUAAAGGAGAAAUCAGUACCUUGUAGUAGCUGUAUCUGCUGCUCUGUUUGCCUGUAUGUAAAACAAUGCCUUCUGCUAUUGUAUCCCUUAGGCGUUAUUACUUUGACAAAUUAGUGGCCAUUCUUUAUGUAAGAAUAUGAUGUGAAACUUAACAUAUUCUUAAAAUGGUAAUUUGCACUAUUAAAUGCUGUGAUAUCCUUUA